AUGGCAACCAGCGAAAUCAUCGAGGUCAACGAAGAGGAGAAAUUCUGGAUCCCAAAGGAGAAUGUCGCGGAGCGUCUCGAGAAUGGAGAUAUGAUGUGCUUGGAUGUUGGAUGUGGAAAUGGUUUUCACGCAGCACGUUUGGCGCAAGCCUACCCAAAGUCGAACUUUACGGGCAUUGACGUGACCCUGGACGCGGUACACCAGGCCAAUCAACGAAGAAAGGACAAUGGUGAAACGUUCGACAAUUUGGCAUUCAUUCAAAUGAAUGCCGGCUCAAUGGAUGCUGACUGGACGGUACAAGUUACGGACGUGUGUCUCAAGGAGAUUCACAGAGUUCUAAAGCCAGGAGGCGUCUUUGGGAUGUUGGAGAUAAAAGGAACGUCGAAUGUGUACACCGAUCGCAAGGAAAUGGGACCACCUGCUGCAUACAUGUAUGCCUGUUCAAUGUUCCAUUGCCUCCCAGUAGGCAGUAAUUCGCCAGACGCUCUCGGACUUGGGACGAUGUGGGGAGAGAAAACAGCUGUGAAACUACUCAAAGAAGCCGGCUUCACUGAUAUCAACGUUGUUCCUACACCUCAGUUUGCUGUCAACGUCUUGUAUGUGUGCAAGAAAAACUGA